AUGAAAGAUUGUGGUUGUGGCUAUCAAAACGUUCAACUUGCUGCGUCAAGAAUUGUUGGCGGCAACGAAGCUAUUCCAUAUAGUUGGUCAAUGAUUGUAUCGAUCCGAUUCAAUUGUAAUCUCGAUGGAAAUGUUAAAGCGCAUUGUUGUGGUGGUACUAUUCUAAACGAAUAUUAUAUUCUUACAGCUGCUCAUUGCGUUGAACAAAUAGAUCAGACAUCUUUACUAUCGCAUAAUAUUACCAUUGCUGCUGGAAUUCACAAUCUAACUGAAACCUAUCAAACAAUUCGACGUGUCGAUCAGAUUUUCAUUCAUUCUGAAUAUGCAGGAAUGCUACAACUAUAUAAAAAUGAUAUUGCUAUUCUUCAUUUAGCUGAACCGCUUGAUCUUGAUGCAAAUCCAUUUCUUACUCGAACUUGUCUUCCGUCUCGAAUCAAUUCAACAGAAGAUUUCAUCGAAUAUCCAUCAAAUGGAACCAUGUUGGUUGCUAUAGGUUGGGGUAUUACAAAUCAGCUGGAAAACAUGGAACCUCAGGCACUACGACAAUUGAGUAUCUAUGCAAUUCAUCACAAUGAUUCGACAUGUGCAAGAUCUAUCGGACAUGUUAGUGUACAAUUUUGUGGAGGAUUGUACGAAGGUGGUAAAGGAAUAUGUUAUGGUAUGUCAUUGUGUUUCAAUAAAGAGUGA